AAUUAUAUGACUAGUUUUAAAAUUAUUUGUGCGUUUAUUAUAUUAUAUUUAGCUAUGAAAAACUUGUUUGCAGUUUAUUUUUAAUAGAAGAAUUACGUGAAUAUUUACAUCAAGUGCAAAUAUGCUUCGAAAUCUAAGGAAUCGUUUACGUGAUACACAAGAUUUGGAGUUAAUGUUAAAACAAAGAAAGGAUGUAGAAGAAAAACGAAAAUCUGUUUGGAAACGAAUGAUGUUGAGGAACCUAGUCAGAGCUCCUAAUUAUUCUUACUACCAUUGUGAUCCCAAUUUGGUUGAUCUGGAUUAUGCUGAAAACAAGGCGUUAGGAAAUCUGAAACCAGAUGCCAGAAAGAAAUGUUAUAAAAGAACAAAAUUGGUUGGUUAUAGUAGCUGUGUUAGAAAAAUAAUAUUCAGCAAGAAGAGAAAGAGAAUAGCAUUACAAUGGAGAAAAAACUAUGGAAACUAUUCUCAUUGCUUAUCAACAAAACUCACUUCUCAAAUAAAAGUUCAAUACUUAGAAGUACCGAAUGGAAAGAAUGAUAAAGAGAACAACUAUUCGAAUAAGCCUAUAAAAGACAAAGCCAUUUUAUCUACGAUCAAUGAUAAACCUAAAAAUAUAAUGCACCUCAAUACCUCUUUUGAUUGUAUUACAAUUAGUGAUAGUGAUGAUGACACGGUUUCUGUUAGUUCUUGUGUGACAACACAGAUUCGACUAGAUAGUUCUAUGGAUACACCAAAUAUAACUAAAACUCAAAAAGGUCUAGGUAAGAAUGAAUCUGAGAUGAUUACAGGUAAUUCUAAAACUUAUUUUGCUACAAUGCUAAACACCACAUGUGAUAAUAGUGAUGAAUUUCAAUUGUCAAAUUUACGUUUUAUAAGAGAUAUACAUGAAACACAUGGUUUUUCCAAAGAUAUUCCUCAUGCAAUUGUAACUAUAAAGUAUCAUAGUAACACUAGACAACUUUAUGCACAUGUGACCUGUAAUAACACAGAAUUUCAAAUGUGUUUAAGUAGUUUCUGUAAAACAAUUUUUAAAUCAACUAUUGAACUUCUUGGAGACAAAAUUCUCGAAGAGUUUAGAAAGUUCAAAGCAAGUGAAUGAUCUUGGGUCCUAAUUAAAUUGACUUGCUUCAGGUAAAUACUUAUUUUGUAUAAUUAAAUUUAAUAAAACAAACAUAUCGUUAAAUGUUUAUUUUUAUGAAAUUAGCAUACAAGUCUAUAAUUACAUUACAUUGGUCAAACUUUGAAAUUGUAAAUAGUAA